CCGGCGGACACCGGCAGGCGAGACAGGCGCGAGCGGUAGGCGGCGGAGGCAGCUUGGUGGCGGCUUAGGCGGCGAGGAUGCUGCCGGGGAGUCUUUGCUUGGUGCCGCUCCUGCUGGUGCUGGGCGUGGGGAGCGGCGGCGGCAGUGGCGACGGCGGGGACAGCCGGCGGCGCCGCCUCCUCGCGGCGAAAGUCAAUAAACACAAGCCAUGGAUCGAGACGUCGUAUCAUGGAGUCAUAACUGAGAACAACGACACAGUCAUUUUGGACCCUCCGCUGGUAGCCCUGGAUAAAGAUGCCCCAGUGCCAUUUGCAGGGGAAAUCUGUGCAUUCAAGAUCCACGGGCAGGAGCUGCCCUUUGAGGCUGUGGUACUUAAUAAGACGUCGGGAGAGGGCCGGCUCCGGGCCAAGAGCCCCAUCGACUGUGAGCUCCAGAAGGAGUACUCCUUCAUCAUCCAGGCCUACGACUGUGGGGCGGGGCCCCGGGAGGCAGCCUGGAAGAAGUCACACAAGGCUGUGGUCCACAUCCAGGUGAAGGAUGUCAAUGAGUUUGCUCCCACCUUCAAAGAGCCAGCCUACAAGGCCAUCGUCACAGAGGGCAAGAUCUACGACAGCAUCCUGCAGGUAGAAGCCAUUGACGAGGACUGCUCCCCCCAGUACAGCCAGAUUUGCAACUAUGAAAUUGUCACAACGGAUGUGCCUUUUGCCAUUGACAGAAAUGGCAACAUCCGGAACACUGAGAAGCUGAGCUAUGACAAGCAACACCAGUAUGAGAUCCUGGUAACUGCUUACGACUGUGGACAGAAGCCCGCUGCUCAGGACACCCUGGUGCAGGUGGACGUGAAGCCAGUGUGCAAGCCUGGCUGGCAAGAUUGGACCAAAAGGAUUGAGUACCAGCCUGGCUCGGGGAGUAUGGCCUUGUUCCCCAGUAUCCAUCUGGAGACGUGCGAUGGAGCUGUGUCCUCCCUCCAGGUCACCGCAGAGCUGCAGACUAAUUACAUCGGCAAGGGCUGUGACCGUGAGACCUACUCCGAGAAAUCCCUUCAGAAAUUAUGUGGAGCAUCAUCGGGCAUCAUCGACCUCCUGCCAUCCCCUAGCGCGGCUACCAACUGGACUGCAGGGCUGCUGGUGGACAGCAGUGAGAUGAUCUUCAAGUUUGACGGCAGGCAGGGCGCCAAGAUCCCUGAUGGGAUUGUGCCCAAGAACCUCACAGACCAGUUCACCAUCACUAUGUGGAUGAAACAUGGCCCCAGCCCUGGCGUGAGAGCUGAGAAGGAAACCAUCCUCUGUAACUCGGAUAAAACUGAAAUGAACCGGCAUCACUACGCCCUGUAUGUGCACAACUGCCGCCUUGUCUUCCUCCUGCGGAAAGACUUUGACCAGGCAGACACCUUUCGCCCCGCAGAGUUUCACUGGAAGCUGGACCAGAUUUGUGACAAAGAGUGGCAUUACUAUGUCAUCAAUGUGGAGUUUCCUGUGGUUACCCUAUAUAUGGAUGGAGCAACCUAUGAACCAUACCUGGUGACCAAUGACUGGCCCAUCCAUCCAUCUCAUAUAGCCAUGCAACUCACGGUCGGCGCCUGUUGGCAAGGAGGAGAAGUGGCCAAACCACGUUUCGCACAAUUUUUCCAUGGCAGCCUCGCCAGUCUCACUAUCCGUCCUGGCAAAAUGGAAAGCCAGAAGGUGAUUUCUUGCUUGCAGGCCUGCAAAGAAGGGCUGGAUAUUAAUUCCUUGGAAAGCCUCGGGCAGGGAAUAAAGUAUCACUUCAACCCUUCACAAUCCGUCCUCGUGAUGGAAGGGGAUGAGAUUGGGAACAUCAACCAAGCCCUCCAGAAGGUCUCAUACAUCAACUCCAGGCAGUUCCCAACAGCAGGUGUCCGGCGCCUCAGACUCUCUUCCAAAGUCCAGUGCUUUGGAGAAGAUGUGUGUAUCAGCAUCCCAGAUGUGGAUGCCUACGUCAUGGUGCUGCAGGCCAGCGAACCCCAGAUCACCCUCCAGGGGACAGAGCGCUUCUGGAGACCUGCUGCCCAGUUCGAAAGUGCCAGAGGGGUCACUCUGUUCCCUGACAUCAAGAUCGUGAGCACCUUUGCUAAGAUGGAGGCCUCUGGGGACACGAGAACCACAGGCUCAGCCCCCAAAUCAGCAGUCUUGGAAGAAAUGCUACACAACUUGGAUUUCUGCGACAUUUUGGUGCUUGGAGGGGACUUGGAUCCAAGACAAGAGUGUCUGGAGCUCAACCACAGUGAACUCCACCAACGACACCUGGAUGCCACCAACUCCACUGCUGGCUACUCCAUCUAUGGUGUGGGGUCAAUGAGCCGCUACGAGCAAGUGCUACACCACCUCCGUUACCGCAACUGGCACCCCACUUCCUUUGAGACUCGGAAGUUCCGGAUCAAGUGCUCAGAACUCAACGGGCGUUACACUAGCAAUGAGUUCAACUUGGAGGUCAGUGUCCUCCAUGAAGUCAGAGUCUCCAACAAGGAACAUGUCAACCACCUUAUUGUGCAGCCACCCUUCCUCCAGUCUGUCCAUCACCCUGAGUCCAGGAGUAGUAUCCAGCGCAGUUCAGUGGUCCCGAGCAUCGCCACAGUGGUCAUCAUUAUCUCUGUGUGCAUGUUAGUGUUUGUUGUGGCCAUGGGUGUGUACCGAGUCCGAAUUGCCCACCAGCAUUUUAUCCAAGAGAAUGAGGCCACCAGAGAGGCUGAGAUGGAUUGGGAUGACUCCGCACUGACGAUCACAGUCAACCCUAUGGAGAAACAUGAAGGACCAGGGCAUGGGGAAGAUGAGACAGAAGGAGAGGAGGAAGAAGAAGAAGCAGAGGAAGGCCUGAGCUCCAGCAGCAGUGGCUCUGAUGACAGUGAAGAGGAGGAGGAAGAAGGGAUGGGCAGAGUCAGACAUGGGCAGAGUGGCACCAGGCAAGCCCAGCUGGAGUGGGAUGAUUCCACGCUUCCCUACUAGUGCCCAUAGGUCUGCUGACCAGCCUGUGUGCCCCUUCUGUAAAGCCCAACCCACUGUAGGCCCAAGCCUGUCACACUCACCUCUAAUUUCUAUGACAGGUCUGGGAAGGCCAUCAGCUUCCUGGAAUCUGCCCUCUAUGCUUCGGGCACUGCCUAUGUCCCAACUUAUGGGGGAGUUCCAAGAGCCUUGUGUCACCCUUAGUGAGGACUGCAGGGUGGUUCUAUUGUCCUGUAGCCCUCACGUCUUCUUCCCUGGGCUCACCCAACAUCCUGUCACCCAAUCUGCCGAGUUCUGAACACCUUGCUCUUUUCUGCAGGGGAGAAGCUCUGACUUUAUGUGGCUUACUACCCCUAGGCUCAGUGUUUUCAAACUCCUUGGGUUAUAACUCACUGUGUAUGUACUUGACUAAAUAGCCUUUCUCCACCUACACCAGCAGGUUGUCCCCUUGCUGGGUCUCCAGGUUACUUUAUUACAGGGAAGGCGGUAGAAUCUCAUACACCUAAGAUCUUAGGGCAUAAGAAUUGAAAAGAAAGCCUUUGUUGAGGCAGAAUUGAAUUUCCAGGGGAAGGCUCAUAGUGUACAUGUAUAUGCACACACACAGAGACACACACAUGCACGCACACACACACACACACACACACACACACACACUAGCUUGGAGAGCCUUUCUUUUUUACUUCUUUCUGAGACUAUAUAGCUAUGUAAUAAGUUCAAAACCAAGAAUUAGUUGGCCUUUGACCAUAAGUAGACUGUGUCCUCAUCAUAGGGCUUUCUGGCCAGCCUUCCAACCUGCCUAGGGAAUGCCUCAACCCAAGGGCUGGCCAAUCCAGGGCUACAAGCAUGCAGAACCACAGGGCCAAGGAAGCACUUCACACAAGCAACUGCUCAAGUGACAGCUUGGGCAUGGCUGUCACCAGGAGCCAAAGAAAGGACUGAUGGGGUGACCUAGAAAGGCUUCAUGGUCGAUAGAAACCUGCUUUGACAUGGGUUUAAUAUGGCUGGACUCCCCCAGAUAAAGACAGCCUGAAGGUUGACAAGGCUGUCACGACCUAGCCUGUGGUCCCUUAUCUCCUAUCUUACUGUUUUCUCUUAAGGAAAUAACAUCAUUUUCAGAUGUAGUAGAACAAAUAUGGGCUCUAGCAGUCUGAGAUGAGGGUUGGGAAACGCAACGGCUAGGAAUUCAAAGCAUAUUUGCAAUAAUAGCAGCUGCUUCUUUCUUCUCAUAAAAGGAAGGAUGCUUUGAAUAGAGGGCAAAUAUAUCAAAACCCUAAUUUCUUGUUCUUUCUUCUUAUUUUAAUAAGGAGGACUUUUCCAUCUCCAUCCCAACAUGGGCACUCUGUGAGAAUUGUUGCUAUAGUAACUGGUGGGCAAUCUUUUGUGGCCCAGAGAAUAGCAGGCAAGAAUUAAGGCCAUUAUAAGAACUCCACGAGGCUUUGAGGAUGUGUUUGUUUCAAACACCUUGAGCUCCUCUUUGUUCUCAGUCGGUAUAGGUCAUCCUCGUCAUCCCACUCUGCCCCAAGCCCAUCCUGAACUGGCUUGACCCAGGCCCACAGCUGGUCUCUCAUCACAUAACGUUCUGGUUCAGCUGAGUGUUGAAAACUCCCCAUGUCAUCCAAACAGAGCAUUCAGGGCAUGAUUACAACUGAUGUCCUCUACUGAGCCCUCCAACAGCGAGGAUGCAUGCCAGCUCUUUGCAACCUUCUGGCUGGGGAGAUCUGCUUUACGCAGUUUUCCCAUCUUUUGGAGCAUUUUGUGUAUACCUUCCUGUCUUGAGCCUCCAAAUAACCCUGUGAAAUAGUUGAGAAACAGGUAGCAGGGACAUUCCUUUGAUGAGCAAACUGAGGCUCAGACUCAGUGUCUGCUCAGAGUCAUUCCGAGGUAUCGACUACCCUCUGCUCUUAGUCCAUGGUUCUACUUUUAUGUUCCUAUUAACGUGUGUUUUCUAAGCACCUACUAUGUGCUAAGCAGUCUACCAGCAGCAGCGGAAAUUGAAUAAGACAGACCUUCCCCCACAGAGGACUUAAGAGUUAUAGAAGGGACAUAAACAGGCAUGAAAGUUACACAGGAGAAAGGAGGAGGAGGUGGCAGAAACCAGUGCAAGAACAGGAACACACUUACCAGCUCAACCAGCGCCCUAAUUUUUCCCUCUUGGAAAAAGUUCAAGAUUUUAUAUUCAUUGAAAGGAAACAGUCACAUCUCCCAUGAAUUACUCCAAUCAAGUUCCCCUUUUCUGUCAGGCUAUUUCUGCACAUUAAUGG